UGUGUUCCUGUCAUGUCCUCACUCAUCAAUAUUCCUAUUCCAUUUCUGUAAAAUUCUAUUUCUCACAAUUCCAUUCCAGUUUAUUACUUGUAUUGUGCCCCUUUCUUAAACAUGAAUAAAUAAACAAGUCACUACUUUAUUCACUGAAAUGGACCUUACAGAAUCGAUACAGACAUUAUGUCAGACUUAAAUCUUCUUGAUCUGCCUUUUGAUAUUUUAUCUAAAAUCUUCAAAUUUUUAGCAUUAUCAGAUCUUAGCAAUGUUAUGCUAACAUGUAAAACUUUGAAGACCUUCAUUGCAGAGGAUAAUACAAUCUGGAGAUCUUUCACUAACUUAUUUGUUCACAACAGUGUUGACAACAGGUCCCAGCUACUCUCUUCUUAUAAAUUAUGUAGCGUUUCGCGAAAUUGGUGUAAUGGAAUUUACAAACAGAAAACUCUUCAUCAUAAUACAAAAUACAUGCCCUGGGUGAAGUUUCAUAAUUCUGAAGCUGUGCUAACAGCACUUGGAUCCAAACUAUGUUGUUAUCCCACCGACCAGCAAGGUUUAAAGAAUGUUGGGUAUAUAUGGAGUGUGGAAGUACCAAAAGUUGAACGAAAUGACAUCAGAACAAAUGAUAUAUCAAGAUUUAUGAUAAAAAAUGGCAUACUUCUAUGUGGAAAUAGAGAUGGAUGUGCCAUUGUUUACAAAUAUAAGGGCACAAGGCAAAGGCCAUGCUUGGUCCACCAUAUCCAAGACUGCCAUGAUGGGGGCCAGUCUGAAGUUUCUGCAGUAGAACUCAUUCAUACAGGAGAUAAGACCAUUGCAGUGACUGCUUCUUGCACCAGUCCUAACCUUUGUUACUGGUACAUUAAUGAAAUGGAGCAUGAUAUGAAUGUACCUGAAAAGUUGAAGUUUCACAAAAAUGCAGAUAUAAUUAAAGUAGCUCACAAUGAUAUUGAAGGUUUGAGAUGCCUUUCUGUAAAUACAUCACAAACUAAAUUAGCUAUUGGCCCAGAUGGAAACAGUAAGCCUCUUUUAGUUGAUGUCACAAUGUCGAAAUUUAUCUCCAGCACCAAUGUGUCCCCUGAUGUAAGGCAAGCCGUGCGUGACAUGCAAUGGCAUGAUGAGAAUACAAUUGCUUAUGUCACACAUGCUGGGAAACUACAACUCAUUGAUACUAGAACUUUUGAAGUAGUAUAUGAUUCAAGGGACCCUUUCCUAGUGACUCUGUACUGUGUGAAGACUGAUGGCGAUCGUGCGAUCCUAGCAGGUGCCGCAGAACACUCAAGAUGCGUGUUGUAUGAUCGAAGAAACGCUAAAUGUCAUGUUCAGAUGUACUUCACUUCUAAGAGACCCUCGCCUGUAUACAGUUUGGACUUCGACUCAACUAGGCUUAUAGCAGCAACGGACCUCAACCUUGUCAGUUUAAACUUCAAUAUAUGGGCUGAUAAAAGGAGACAACGAGAUUAUUCUUCUUUCGAUUUUAAGAUUGCUUAAUAAAACUGAAUUGGGUUUAUAAAAAAAAAUCGAAUAGGGUAUUCAAUAAAUUAAUAAAAUUAUUUUAUCUAUA